UAUUUAGGACAAGAAAAUAAAUCAUAACCCAUUAAGAGAUCUUUCUGGCAUUUAGAAGAAAUGCUUCCUGAUUGUAAUCUGUCCCGUUUAGAAAACUACAACUUCGCAGCAGCCUCUGCAGGUCAAAGUAGGGCUCCUCAGCUCCACCAGAGGGAAGGGUAGGCUGAUCACCACCUCUCCCCAUAGAUGAGAAAACUGUAAUUUGAUAAAGUUGCUCGACGUUGUGAAGUCAGAGUAUCAAAAUUACACAAUGUACUCAGAGCAGUCGCUACGGCUAUACUCCGCUCCAUUAAUGCCCCUGACCUUACACGGCUUUCUCUAUAAAGAUGGUGGGGAUUGGGGGGGGCGGUAGAGGGGACGGACCUAAAGUAACAGAAAGCGAUCAAAGCGGCGAGAAACACGAGAUGAAGCCCCAAAAGAGAGGUGAAGAGGCACAACGUGCACAGUCUAGUGGUAAAAUUCGCCUUAGGGCCGAAGGGGAGAAACUUAAAGGCAGAAGUAAACUGAGGCAGGAAUCUGAGCGAGUUGCCAGCACCUGGGCCCUUUUACUCAGUGGCGGCGGAGGCGACAGGCCCGGGGGUCCUUUCCAAGCAUCACCUAGCAGACCUCGUCCGCUCCGGGCGCCGGAAGGGGCCGGCUCCUCUCGGCCAAUGGUUGCGCGGUGCGCCGUCCGACGGUGGCCUGCGCGGCACCCGUAAGACGCCGGCGCGAGACGACGACAGCCUUCAGAUCGCCCACGCGAUCUCCCACGGCCGCGUGGCAAGGAGCCGGCGUGUCUUCCCCGUCUCUGCCCAGCUUAUCACAAUGCCACCCCGCCUUCAAACCAAAUCUCUUUCAGACAGCGCGGCCACCCUCAAAAACAUGGUGAACCGCUCUUGGAGGGAAAGCCGGAAGUGAAGCGUGUGGGCGGGGCCUCUGCGGGGGCGGGGCCUCGCGCGGCGCGGGCGGGGCCUGCCUCUUUGAGCUGGGUUUGGGGUCUGGUUUCUCGUCCCUCUCCUGGGGGCGGGUCCACACUGGCUCCGCCCCCACCCAGGUGGCUCCCAGCUCCUAGGUGCCUGCCUGGUCUCCGGGAUCUGGGUGCUGUGAGCCCUUGGAGCCCGUGUCCCUCUGCGGCCUCCCGCCAGCAGCGAUGGAGGGUGCCCUGGAGAACGACCCUAAGUCCACACCUUCGCCUUCCGAGUCUACGCAGCCGCCCGGCCCGGCAAGAGCGCUCAAAGUGGAGCCUCCUGGGGACGCCGAGGGCUGCGUCCGGCCGCUGGAGACGGCCCCCAAGAAACUCUGUGGCUAUUUAAGUAAGUUUGGCGGCAAAGGGCCUCUCCGGGGCUGGAAGUGCCGCUGGUUCUUUUACGACGAGAAGAAGUGCCACCUGUAUUAUUCGCGGACCGCUCAGGAUGCUAAUCCCCUAGACAGUAUCGACCUCUCCAGUGCGGUCUUUGACUGCAAGGCGGACGCUGAAGAGGAGGGCACUUUCGAAAUCAAGACUCCCAGCCGGGUUAUUACCCUGAAGGCUGCCACCAAACAAGUGAUGCUGUAUUGGCUGCAGCAGCUGCAGAUGAAGCGCUGGGAAUUCCACAACAGCCCACCUGCACCUCCUGCUACUCCUGAUGUUGCCCUGGCUGGGCAUGGGCCCACCCUGCACCUCGAGCUAGGACAGGAGGAGGCAGAGCUGGAGGAGUUCCUGUGCCCUGUGAAAACACCCACUGGACUUGUGGGUGCAGCUGCAGCUUUCCAACCUGUCCCUGCCAUGCCCUCAGCCCUUCAGAACAUCUCCCUCAAGCACCUGGGAACUGAAAUACAAAACACCAUGCACAAUAUCUGUGGCAACAAGCCGGCCCAGGCAGCAGGCCACGGACCACUAGUAGAAGAGUCUUCACAGAGCGGGGAGCAUCAGAAAGGGGAGCAGCCCUUGACCCAUGAUGCCAGCACCCCAGGAAAAGAGCCAGAGGAGUCUCCCAAACCUGUACCCAAGUCCUCCCUGCCCACCAGUCUCAUGCAGAAACCCAAACGCCAGAGCAACACCUUUCCAUUCUUUUCUGAUGGGCUGGCACGGAGCCGAACAGCCCAGGAGAAGGUGGUGGCCUUGGAGCAGCAGGUACUGGUGCUCACCAAGGAGUUAAAGUCGCAGAAGGAGCUGGUGCUAAUCCUGCACAAGGCUCUGGAGGCUGCCCAGCAGGAGAAGCGGGCAUCCAGUGCAUACCUGGCUGCAGCUGAAGACAAGGAUCGGCUGGAGCUGGUGCGGCAUAAAGUACGUCAGAUUGCAGAGCUGAGUCGGCAGGUGGAGGCCCUGGAGCAGGAGCGGGUGCGCCUGGUGCACGAGGCCGGCCUGCGGGAGCAGCAGGUGCAGGCACUGCAGCAGCACACGCAAUUGCUCAUGGACAAGAACCAGGCCAAGCAGCAGGUCAUCUGCAAGCUCUCAGAGAAACUCACGGAGGACCUUGCACAGUCCCCUGGCCAGCCUCCUGACACCUCCGAUGGCAACUUCCUGAGCCAGCAGGAGAUGAUAGAGCACCUGAAGGAUGACAUGGAAGCAUAUCGAACCCAGAAUCGCUUCCUCAACUCUGAGAUCCACCAAGUCACCAAGAUCUGGAGGAAGGUGGCUGAGAAGGAGAAAGCCCUGCUGACCAAGUGUGCCUACCUCCAAGCCAGGAACUGCCAGGUGGAAAGCAAGCACCUGUCUGGGCUGCGGAGGCUGCAGGAGGCUGUGGGGACUGAGGCUGGGGAUUUUUCUGAGCUGCUGCAGCAGCUGAUCCAGGAGGCACUGCAGUGGGAAGCAGGAGAGGCAUCUGACAGCGUGGAGCUGAGCCCUAUCAGCGAGUAUGAUGAUUAUGGCUUCCUGACGGUGCCAGAUUAUGAGGUGGAAGACCUGAAGUUGCUGGCCAAGAUCCAGGCCCUGGAGGUGCGCUCCCACCAUCUGCUGACCCUCGAGGCUGUGGAGCGGCCACUGCGGGAGCGCUGGGCUGCCCUGGGUGAGCUCAUGCCCUCAGCUGAGCUCAAGCAGCUGCUACGGGCAGGCGUGCCUCGAGAGCACCGUCCACGUGUCUGGAGGUGGCUGGUCCACCGCCGUGUCCGGCACCUGCACUCUCCAGGGUGCUACCGAGAACUCCUGGCACGGGGCCAGGCCUGUGAACAUCCUGCCGCCCGUCAGAUUGAGCUGGACCUCAACCGGACCUUCCCCACCAACAAGUACUUCACCUGUCCCACUUCCAGCUUCCCUGAUAGGCUCCGUCGCGUGCUGUUGGCCUUCUCCUGGCAGAACCCCACCAUUGGCUACUGCCAGGGUCUGAACAGGCUGGCAGCCAUCGCCCUGUUGGUCCUAGAGGAUGAGGAGAGUGCCUUCUGGUGCCUGGUAGCCAUUGUGGAGAACAUCCUGCCAGCCGAGUACUACAGCAAGACAUUAACUGCAUCCCAGGUGGAUCAGCGGGUACUCCAGGACCUCCUCUCGGAGAAGCUGCCCCGACUGAUGGCACACCUGGGACAACACCACGUGGACCUCUCUCUCAUCACCUUCAACUGGUUCCUCGUGGUCUUUGCUGACUCUCUCAUCAGUGACAUCCUACUUCGGGUCUGGGAUGCCUUCCUGUACGAAGGGACAAAGGUGGUGUUCCGAUACGCUCUGGCUAUCUUCAAGUACAACGAGGAGGAGAUCCUGCGGCUGCAGGACAGCCUGGAGAUCUACCAGUAUCUGCGCUUCUUCACCAGGACCAUCUGUGACAGCCGGAAGCUAAUGAGCAUCGCCUUCAACGACAUGAACCCCUUUCCCAUGAAGCAGCUGCGGCAGCUGCGUGCAGCCCACCGGGAGCGACUAGAGACUGAGCUAUGGGAGCUGGAGCGCCUGAAGGCUGAGUACUUGGAGAGACGGGCAUCCAGGGGCAGAGCAGUGCCGGAAGGCUGCAUCAGCGAGGAUGAAGGGGAAGGAGAUGGGUGACCUGUCACUCUGCUCCUUAAAGCCUUUCUUACCCUUGCUGGCAGGUGCACAGAACUCAGGUGUAGGCCAGGGGUCUGUAUAACCCUAUAUAAGGCCCUUCCCUUCCCUGGGCCUCAGUUUCCCAUCUGGACACUGUCGUGACACCACUGGUUGGGAUCCCUCCUCUGGACACUCACCCAGGGUUGCCAGCCUGUCUCACAGCCCCACAGAAUACUUCACCAUGCAGGCAGGCAAGAGUGCACUCUUCAUAGGGACACUUGGAAUAGUCUCUGAGGUAUAGCUGUUUGAUUUUUGUUUUGGUUUGGUUUUUUUGAGACAGGGUCUCAUGGAGCUCAGGCUGGCCUCAAACAUACUAUGUAGCUGAGGCUGUCCUUGACCUUCUGAUCCAACUGUCUGAGGAGUAUCUCCAUAAAAGCACAUCUAUAUGACUGAUGGCUCUCCAUCUUUGGGACAUAAGCAUUCUCCAUUACAAGUGUUUUGGGCGGGCCAGGUGUAAGGCAUACCCCCACUUGGUACCUUCUGGCUAAGGGCCUUGGUCACCAACCUUGUGGCACCCCAGGUUCAAGGCCUGCAUUUACAAGGCAUCUAUCUCUCUCAAGGCAGCAACCCCUUUGAAGUGCCAGUUGAAUCUAUUUGACUGGCCACCCUCCAUAGGGACCAUUUCCAGAGCCUUAUGCCUAUAAUCUCCCUGAUGCUCAUAGCCCAUUGGGGAAUUCCCAGGGGAAACCCCUUCCUGCCACUCUAAGGAACUCAGUAGGGACUGGACAACAGGCAUCCAUUCUGAUGUGCCCCUGUCAUGUAGGGCCAGCACGGUGAGGUUGGAAGGUCAGGACUAAGGCCCAUGUGGCUCUGCAGAGCACACUGAAUUCAGCUUUAUGGCACAGCCUAAGUCAUGACCUUCCAGAUCCUUUUCAGCAGACAGGACCACCCCUCCUGAGUAUUGUCCUCUACCCAGGGCAGAAGGCUUAAGGUUGUACAAGUGGCCCGGGCAAAUCUGUGACUGCCAGGAGAACAUGGCUCUCUGAGGUCAGGGGGUCUUUCUGGAGGCUGCUCUGGAAGCCCCCAGAUUUAUGGAGGCUCCCGCCUAGGCAGGAGCCACACCCAUUGCAGUGCAGGCCCUGGCAACACCUCUUGCAAGCCAUGGUGUAAACCUGAGGGCUUGGCACACGGGGUACCCACUGAGUACCUCCCACAUGUACACAGGCUGGGGCCUGGGGCCUCACUGUCCCUGUCAGCAGGGCUUGCCUGCCUGCCUGCCUCCGCUGAAGCCUUUUUACCACCAGUUUCCAUGAAGGGGAAGAGAAAGGAGGAGAUAGUCUUGGGUCCUGGCUGUACCCUAACGGACUAGGAGCAAUAACCCUAAGGUGGGUCACCAAGUGAUAAGACAGCCUUUGGGACAUGCAAGAGGGUGAAAGAUUAUACUGGGGCCUGGCACAGUCAGUGCACCCAAGACAGUGAGUGGCUUUGCCUGAAAGAGACAUAGCCAGUGAUGCCUGGUUCCCCUGGAAACCACCACCAAAAAGCCAAAAACAGGUCAAGCAGUGUGCACAGAAACUGCUAGAUAAACAGCACCUUCUGCCCUUCUCCUCCCCUUCUCUGCACUUCCUCCUCCUGCUUCUCCCCUUCUUCUCCAAACUACAGCCUCACUUCUCUCUCAGGCCAUUUUCCUCUUCCCAUUAUGCCCCCUCCCUGCCCCUCUUCUCCCCACAGAGGAGGGCUUUAUCCAUAUGCCUGUGUUCCAUCCCAGGGGGCCAGACCAGCUCUGCCACCUCUGCGCCUUACAAUCCUGAGUAACUUCUGUUCAAAUAGUGUUCCUGGGCCUUGGCCUUUGGGGCCAUGGUACUCUGAUAAAGCUGGGAGAGCAGGGGAGUUCUAGGAUUAAUUGCCUCCUCCAGUCCUGAAGGAGGAGGCGGAAUGAGAACUCCCUGUCCUGCAAGCUGCCUCACCCAGGUCAAGCUCAGGUGACAGGGCAUGGAGAGAUUAAUGAAUUCCAGUGUCACACAUCAGGGGAGACAGGCCUGACCUGUGCCUGCCUGUGGGUACAUACCUGGGGCUAGCUCUAGGCAGAGGAAAAUGGGGCCAGGUGUGGUGGUGCGUACUUCUAAUCCCAGCACAA